CCAACAGCCAGCAGGCAGCAGGCAGAGACCACGGGCCGGCGCCGCACGCACCCCUCCGCGAACGGCGACUGGCGCGCCUCCACAGGCAGCGGCCUCGUUGCUGCCACCUCCCGGAGACAGAGGCUGGGCCGGCGCGCGCAUGCGCAGCGAGCCGCCGCAGAAGCAGCCCUGCCCGGCGCCACCCGCAGCCGCCAUGGCCGUGGUCAGGCUCUCCCUGCUCAGGGUCACCCUCGAGAUCACCGUCAUACUGCUAGAGGGCCUGGCCGUGCUGUUCAUCUUCCUGUUCGGGAAGCCGUUCCGGCGCGGCUUCUUCUGCGACGACGAGUCCAUCCGGCACCCCGUCAAGGCGGACACCGUGCCCUCGCUCGCCCUCGCACUCGUCGCUCUGGGCCUGCCGCUGCUUGUGGUGGUGGUUACGGAGCGCGUGGUGUGGGGCGCGCGGCCCCGCAGUGGCGGCGGCGGCGGGGGCGUGUCGUUAUCAUUGUGCUCGCGGCGCGCGGCGGUUCCCCGCUGGGUGUCGCGCGCCUCUGCGGCCGCGCUGGCCUUCCUGUGGGGCGCCGGCGCGCAGCAGCUGCUCGUCGAUUCGGCCAAGCUGGUGGUCGGCCGCCUGCGGCCACACUUCUUCACCGCCUGCCAGCCCGACGUCAACUGCUCUGCGCUGCAGCCGCCCUACACCUACAUCACCGACUACACCUGUCUCGGCACCGACCCGGACGUCAUAGAGGAGGCGAGGCUUUCCUUCCCGUCCGGCCAUUCUUCGCUGUCGUUCUACGCCGCAGUUUUUACAAUUAUCUACAUCGGGCGCACGGGCGGCCCCUGGGCGGCGACGCUGCCGCGCCACCUGCUGCAGUUCGUGCUCUUCCUGGCGGCCUGGUGCUGCGCCCUGUCCAGGGUCUCCGACUACAUGCACCACUGGAGCGACGUCCUCGCCGGAUCCUCCAUAGGCACCGCCACCGCCAUCCUCACGAUGGUGUUCGUGCAGCCGCAGCGGCGGCGCGCUCCCGCAGGCCCGGCUGCGGGGGCGGCGGAGGCGUUGUCGGAGGGCAACGUGUACGGCAGCGUCGACGGCAGCGUGCCGCCCGCGUGACGUCACAGCCCGCAG